UUAUCCACGCUGCGAAGAAUCUUCUCUCGUUCUUUUUGUCAUACUUUUGCUCAAAUAUUACGGAACUUCAGGAUUGCUUGUGUGUGCGUGUAUAUGUUUGUGCGUGAGUGUACAAGGAGUAUGGAGAAAAGAACCAAAUAAAAAAAAAAAAUAAGAGAAAAAACAGGAAGUGCACGGUGUUUGCGACUUUGCGAAUGGGCCGCGCGAUGUAGGCUCGUUUUUUUCCUUUUCUUUUUGGUUCGUGGUAGAGAGCCAUCUUGACGACGAGAAUAUACGGCUUGUACUCUCCAUCGUGCGGCGCGACAUAUAGACCCUAGAUCUAGUUGGGAGACAAAAAAAAGGAUAAAAAGAGUUGAGAAAAAGAUAGUUUUCUCGACGCGGAAGACAUACAAGGAACGAUAAAUAAGGCGGCAAUGGAAAUGUUUCGGUUUAAGCGCGUUAUUGAACAUUUUAUAGACAUAUCGUGAAUUUUGGGUAAAAAACGGAAAAAGAGAGAGCAGAAAAAAAACAAUCGACGCGCUUCGGUCAUUCCGCGACGAUAUAGUUGCGAAACUACGAAAAACCGACGCUUUCCUCCCGGUUUUCACCCACGCAACACCGAAUUGACUAAAAUUUUGAAACAUUGCGGCCACAAUGGAAGCCGACGAUGGCCCGUCUACGGCCAUCAACAAUAAUCCAGCCACAAUAAGAGCUGCUCAAGAAGAAAUGGGUAGACUGGAUAUUCUGGUUUGUGGAAAAUGCCAUUCGGUAUUCCACUUUGUCGAAGCAUUUCAGGAGCAUCGCAACAGAGAAGGGGCCUGCUCUGAAGUGUCACAUUUCCGUGAAAAUGCGAAUCACGAACAGAAGGCACAAGUAUGGGCCUUUCUGUUGUGGAAAGACUUACAGAUACAGCUUGAAGGGGGUGACAAAGAUUCAGCGAAUUCUUGGAAGCUUUAUCAAAAAUGGUGUAAAAUGGACGUCCACAUUAGAGAUGCCUGGGUCACUGCUGGCAGAACAAUACAAACAUUCAGCAAAAUAAGCAACACAAAAAUGCAUGACAGUCCUCGUCCUCAGGCACAGAUGAAUUCAACUAAUGAAGGUGGAAAAAUAAUUGUUCGCAAAGUAAUAAGAAAUGGGCAACCCGAAGAGGCUAAAAAUGAGUCAAGAAAAGAACCCUUGAAACCAACAGAAUUGAAGAAUCUAAAAACUGGAGAAAAUGCUGGAGAGCUCAAGGACAAAGUCAGAGCGAAGCCCACAAUUAGGCCGAAGGUAAAACCGGGCAAGGUUGCUGGACAAGACGAUGGCGAACCCAGCGACACAGAAUAUGUCGUAGAAAAAAUUUUGGCCAAGCGAUACAACACGAAAAAACGAUGUUCCGAAUAUUUAUUGAAAUGGGAGGGUUUCAGCUAUGAGCACAACACAUGGGAACCGGCCGAAACAGUUGGGACAUGCAAAUUUUUGCUCGAGGAGUUUGAGAGGAAUCUCGCCAAACAAAAAGAAAUAAAAGCUCAACAACAGGCGCAACAAAAUGCAAAGGCAGCUGUAGCAGCACGUAACAUUGUUUCCAAGACGCUCCUCAAAACUGAAACUAGCAAAGCCGGUCCAAGCUCAGCGGCUCAAACGACAAGGCCGAUGCGCUCGAGCAAGUCAAAGGCACUGGAUCAAGUGAAGCAGUGGUGUGGCUCGAUGAAGGACGAAGAUCACGAUGUUUUGGGCAAACGACGCAUGGAAUUUUCGGAGAGUGAUUCAGAGGAUGCGGGAAGCAGUGCACCGAAGAGAGUAAAGGGUGAGACUGGCAGUGACGAUGAUUGGACAGCCGAAUCGGAGGAGGAUCGAAUAAUGGGCCGCAGUGACGUAAUACAGAGGGCCUUCAAUCGUGCGAACGUGCAGUCGAAUGGUUCGAACCGAGUAGUUUCAGGCGGAGGAGAUUUGGCGUCGUCAUUGGGACUUCAAUCGCCGGAGGCUCCAAAAAUGGGUCAAAGUCCAGUUCUGGUAGCAAAUGCGAAAGGUGUGGUAAAGGUGGAUCCGAAGCAGAUGCCGAAUUUGACAUCGGGAGUUUACGUAAUGUCACGAAAAGAUGGUAUAAUAAAAUUGGAUUCAUCGCCUGGUGCGAAACUGGCGGUCAAAGGAGCGACAUCGGCGAGUCCUCAGGGUGUAUUGAUGGUCCAAAACCGAACGGACACAAUUAAUACCGUUGUAAGGAAGCAAAUAUUGGCGACGUCACAAGCAAAUUCAAUAACGCCUGUCAAAGUCGUACAAAAACCCGAUGGAAGUCAAGUCGUAACACAAAUGAAGGUCGUAACGAAGAAUGUGACAAAAGCACCAACCGCCCAGUCGAGAGGCGGUCUCGUGAUGCAACAAAAACCGGAGCCUAUUAAAAUUCAACCUAAACCGGAUGUUAAUCAACAGAUACAACAAAUUCACGUGGUUACGGCUGUUCCGGCUCCUGGAGUUGGUAUAUCACCGAGGCUUCAGACAAGCACGACAACGACGAUACGUCCGAACACUGGAGCGAUUCAACGUAACCAAGAUGCUUCACGCGGCUUAUUAUCCAGGCCGGCACUCAGAGGUGCGACACCAACGAGUGUGUUGGGAAUGGGUGCGACACGUACAAUGGUCCGAGCCACGACUCCGAAGGGACCUCAAGCCGCGACGACCCCACUAGUGAGGCAGACACUGACAAAACGUGUUUCCGGAAGCCCUCAGGGAGAGAGAACAACACUAACGAGUCCUCAGGCUUCUGCCCCUCCGCAGAUACGUCCCAAAGUCACUGUACUAACCGCUCAAUCUGCGUUGAGCCAGAAACCCGUGACGAGUCCAAUAGUGCCGAAACAAUCACCGAAGAAUCAAGCAGGCAAGCCUCAGUCGCUACUCUCACCGCAACAAAAGUUAUUGAUGGCUAAGAGAAAAGCGCAAGAAGCAGUGGGUCUUGUUAAAUCAGGAAAUCGUGGUCUUUUGGCUGGUGCGAGAGCCGCACAAGCGCGUGGAGGUCGAGGAAAACCUUUGACGAGUACCGGUCAACCAGGAACACCAACGAGCCUCGCUGCGGCUGCGUUGAACCAAGGAAACAACACUAAUAAGCCAAAAGAAAGCAAAUUAGUCGAGGGAGAUAGUUUACACAUGGAAUUUCACGAGGUUGGCUCGGAAGAGAGUAGCAACAGUGACGCUGAGCCGGACAUUCCACCCCAAGAAGUCGAUAACGUCGUUAACAAACAACCAGAAAGUCCACCCAGACCUUUCACCCUGUGUCCGUUGACGGGGCGCAUUAUCGGACCCGAUGGAGAACCUAUGGAAACACAAGCAGAACCGGAAGUCGCGGCACAAACUCCGAGCACAACAACGAGCAUCAUUGACACGAGUCAAGCCUCUAUCACAACUACGGUCGCUCCGUCAUUACAGGAAAAAGAGGCCACGAACUCAACGAACGUCGAUACAAAUGCCGAGCUCGUUUUACCCUCUCUCGAUGCGCUCACGGAUGCAGCUGGUAUAAUGAGGGUCGAAAUGAGCCCCGGUGGCACAACCGGUACCAUUGUACAGAGCAACGAAGCGACACCUAUGAAUCUAGACGCGGUCGCAGUUUCCACCACAGAAUUGCCGUGUCUAGACGACAGCGAACCUUGCGAAACGAAUAACCCAAUUAUUGCGACUAACGAGAACGUUUCCCUGGCGGAAACGACCGCAACCAGCACCGAAACCACAGCUUCGAGCAUCGUCACGAGCGCCAAUCUUCCCGGAAACGUCGAUAAACCUCAGGAACAACCGAUGGAAACAACAACGACGACUCCCACCGCCGUUCAACCCCCUACUAAUCCCGAAGAGGAGAAAUUCGAUCAAGAAAGAAGAAACGCCGCUGAAUCAGAAGCUUCGAAUCUCGUUACAAUCACCGGUGAAGACGGCGUAGUUUAUCAAGUCGCUGGCCACGCGGAGGAUGGACAAACGCUUCUCGUUACUCGCAGCGGAGACGGCGAACAAUCCUGCGUUUACGUCACCACCGAACAACAAAACGAUGACGGCUCUGUUCUCACUCUCGAUCACGCUGUCGCCGAAGCUGUCGCUCAAUUGAUCCCCGAUCAAGUCAAUCUUGCUCCACAAUUUUACGUCAAAGAAGCUGAGACUGAAAACAACGAGAAUCAAAUGGUCAUGUCCAUUAUGGAUGGCAGCUCUGGCAAUGUCGCCACUCAAGAGGAUCCUGAUGGCCAAGCACAAGUCGUCGCGCAAGUCGUUCAGGCUGAUGAACCGACUCCAGGUGGUACAAGAAGAGUCGUGCUGUUGUUACCGGACGGAAAUUUGAUGAUGACUGAGGUCGACGAGGAGCAAUACGCGGCCCUGGAGUUAGACAAGUGAAAAAUGAACGAGAACAAGACAUUUGAGGAAGAAGUAGAAGACGAAGAAGAAGAAGAAGAAGAAGAAUUGAGCAAGACAAUUCCUGCUGCGUGAAAAUCUUCGAAAAAACGGAUCUACGCGAAAAUAAUAAUGCAUUAAGGAGAUAAAAAGUAAAGAAAUACAUGAACGAGUCGUACGAAGCAGGGAUGUCGAGGAAUGUACAUAUGUAAGUGUUAACUUCGUACGACGUAGAGACCGAUAACUGUCGGGUCAAAUUCGGUGAUUUUUUUCACCGUAUUAAAGCCCCAAGAACUAAAAACGUAGAUGUGACACUGAAUAAGAAAAAAACAACAACAAGAGACAAAAAUCUAUGCUCUAGAUUGAAGAACAAAAAUUUAACAGGAGAAAAGAUUUAAAAAAAAAAACAAAAUAAAACGAUAAGUUACGUGUUUUAGAACUUUGUCUCAAUGUUUAACACACACACACACACACACCCGCUGAUAUAUUUUUAUUCUUACAUUUAAUUAAAUAUAUCGAUAACGAUGCGUAAGCACAGUUAUAGAAUAAUCAAUCAUACUCUUAAUAACAGGACCGAAAACAAUAAAUGAAAAAAAAAAAAAAAAAAAAAAAAAACAUCCACACGAUCUAUAUUCGCUCGGGAGUAAUGAAGAAGAAAAACAAACGAAAUUAUAUAUAAAUAUAUAUAUAUAUGCAUAUAUAUAUAUAUAUUGUAUUUUCACGAUCCAUUACACGAUCGGGGGCUUCAAAAUUUUUGUUAAACUGUGUCUACCAUAUAAAGACAGAUUUCGAAUUUCCCGUGAAGGGAAAUUCACGGCGCAAGCUUAUGCUUUUCUUGCAGUCGUUUGAAGAAAAAAAAGAAAAUCCGGAAACAUUAAUACGAUCUCCGAGAAAGAAGGUUAUCAAGCGAAAGAAAUAUAAAAAUACUGUGUGAAAAUCGGUAUGAAACCAAUUUGUUAUACACGAAUCGGGAAAGCCCUUGAUUUUCUUAUGAUCUUUAUAUUGCUUUUUUUUUUCAUUCUUUUUUGACGAAAGUCUCUCUUCCACUACAUCUUACUCUUGAUGAUGUUCACCGCGAAAAAAAUGUGCCUAUUUUUACGAAGGAUAAACAAUUGUCCUGAGUUUAAGGGCUCGCUCGAAAUUGCGCAUAAAAAAAACUGAGCAUUCGCUUGAAAUUUCGCAUCUUACUGUGUUAUUUUUUUUCAACAAUCCUGAAAAUUGAUUCUUGGGCUAUUAAUCGCGAAGCCUCACAUGUGUAAACAAAGAAGAAAAAAAACCCCUUAUCGUGUCCAUGGUCGACGAUAUGGAAAUUCUAGUAUUUUAAUUACACACGUUAGUUCUUCUGUAAAUAACAUUGUCACCUUAAUCUCCUUUAUACUAUUACGAGGAAACAAAAUAAUAAUAACGAUGAUGAUUGUUUUCGAAUAAACAAUAUGCAUGAGAUGAAACAAAGAAAAAGAAAAAAUGGCAGUAAAGUUUUUGGUUACGGAAGAAAUUGACAGCGAUGAAAUGGAUAUUUCCAUGGAAAAUGACAAACCCAAACGGGCCAGUGUCGAAUAUUUGGUUCAUGAGAUUUUUCGAGAUUUCUUUUUAUCGGGAAAUGGAGAUUCACCGUUUUCUGGAACCAAGGGACAUUCGCACACCGAGGUAAUCCAAUUAUUCUGGAAAUAUUGGGUGUUGAGGUUGAAUAAAUUGAAGUUUAAACAGAAA